AUGAGAUCCUUUACAAUCGAACACCAAAUGAAAAUUCAACUAUUUACCAUUUUUUUCUACAUUACUACCCUUCCAAGCAUACAAUUAUUUUUAAACCUCGAUCAAAUGGACACCAUAAAUAAUGGGGGCGGGUUUAGUUCUGCGAUAAGAGAUAUCGUCACAGGUUCCAUAGCUGGUGCCAUCGGUAAACUAAUAGAAUACCCCUUUGAUACAAUAAAGGUAAGGUUACAAACACAAGAAUCAUAUAUGUUUCCAGAUACAUGGUCAUGUAUCAAAUACACAUACAAGAACGAAGGGAUACUUCAUGGAUUUUUCCAAGGUAUCGAAUCACCAUUAAUUGGUGCCGCAUUAGAAAAUGCUAUCUUAUUCCUAUCAUACAAUCAAUGUGCGUCCUUUUUGGCACAUUUCACGACUUUUUCCAGUUUUGUCGUGAUCUUAAUAUCUGCCACGUUUGCUGGUUCAUGUGCAAGCUUCGUUUUGACACCAAUAGAGUUAAUCAAAUGUAAAUUACAAAUAUCAAACUUACAAAUGGAUUUAUCUGAUGAGGAAAGACAUACUAGUAUCAUUCCAACCAUAAAACAUAUAGUAAAAGAACGUGGAAUCUUAGGUCUAUGGCAAGGUCAAUCGAGUACGUUUAUUAGAGAAUCCAUAGGUAGUAUGAUUUGGUUUGCUACAUACGAGCUAAUGAAACGGAGUUUGAGAAUGGAAAAGGAUUCUAAUGACACAUGGGAACUAUUAAUCAGCGGUGCCAUUGCAGGAUUAGCAUUCAAUGGAACUGUCUUCCCUGCAGAUACAGUGAAAUCUAUAAUGCAAACAGAACAUACAAAUUUAAAAGAGACCGUGCAGAAUAUACUGGACCGAUACGGCGUCGCUGGAUUUUAUCGUGGCCUAGGAAUUACCCUUAUAAGAGCUAUCCCUUCCAAUGCAGCUAUUUUUUUCACGUAUGAAAAGUUGACUAAACUAAUAUAA